AUGCCAACCCGGUGGCUAGCCUCUUAUUGGUCUACCAGACCCGCUGCUCGCGCCUCCAGAUCAUACGCAAAAGAAUGGCUGCACAGCGCGGCUACCUCCAUGGAGGAUCGUCUGGCGCUAGUAGCCGGGCUGACAUUGCUCGUAGCUGGGACAUCAUACGUUCUAAUGACUCUAUCCAGGUCGAAGCCGACGCUAAGAAAGGCUGGCGUUAACCAGGCCGUCACAAGGGAGACUGCUUCGCUUCACCAUAUGCAUCGAGUCUCCGCAAGAGCAGUGAUCUCCACCAUCGCGUGCUUAUCGCUUGCUCUCUUGUGCGUGUCCAUGCCCUACUUCUCUGCCACUGAAACGCCAAUGCGAACAUAUUUCACGCGCAACGGCGUUGAAUUCUUUACCACUGAUACCCUGGGUCCCGAAUUGCUCCUCCGGCAUGAACCCUUCUGGACCAUGGCGAGAUUGAGACGCCUUAUGCCACCCGACAAAACUCCAUUCCUCCUUGUGUUCCAACAACUUUCCUCGACCUUCAAAUCGCUUCUACAUAAAAUCGACGCUGAGCUCUGUCCCUUCAAUCUCGGACCGAUGCGGGUGAACACGCUGGCGGUGAUAUGGAAAGGAGAGGUUUGGUUGGGAGCGCUAGCUCUUUCUGGGGCAUUGGACUGGCUUAUUUGGAUGUUCCGUGUAUUUUCGCUCAAGCGACCUUCCCGCGAAAUUGAAGACGGAGAAAGAGAUAUUGAUGAUGGUGAUGCCGUCGAUGACAUUCGGGGCGAGGGUCUUGAGGACGAUCCAGACAUCUUUUCCAUCAACGGGGACCUCUCCCAGGCUAUGCAUUCUUUCUGGGUCGAUCACAACUUUCUCAAAUGGCUCGGAUGGCCCCUGGUUCCUGUCGUAUGGGUUUUUGGGUUUGCAAAAAUGCAUUCGAAUUCAACGGUCAGUCGGAUCACUGCCGUGUUUUGUGCAAGGCUUCCAUCGAUGGAAGAGUGCCUUGCCAAAUUGCUCCGUAUACACAAGGCGGAUAGCGUAUACAACGCUGGGUCCAGUACUGCUUCGCCGUUGGCGACACCUUCACUGUCUAUAGUGCCCGCUUCCCCCGAGCCAGGCGCCAUGGUCUUGUUGGACCCGCAGUCGACUGUAAUGGAGGAAUUACUCGAUUCACUGCGACAUAAGCUAGCCGAACAAGAACAGAUCAUUGAGCAGCAGCGGGAUAGAAUUGAGAGACACUACGGACUAUGCUGGAAGAUGCAUGAAGAAUAUUUGACUGAAAUUGCGACGCUGCGCUCAGAGAUCCGUGAAUGGAAGACCGGUCAAGCCUUCGACUCGAAACCGAACGGAAAAACACCACAGGAUGAUGCCCGGCUCCUCAAUGAAUCCGAAGACAAGGCACUCGUUGGACCUUUGUCUUCGAUGGAAAUUCCUCAUCCUGCCAGCGACAGCACAGUCUCGCCAUCCGUGACUGUGAUUUUCGACCCCAGCGAGAUGCCCAACGACACCAUGCUCUUCGACCUCUCUUUCGGUCCCAGGACAGCGUCGGUAGCGGAAUCUCUAAGCAGCAUAGACGACCCCUUUCAUUACCCUUGGCAACGAGGCUCGUCUCAAGCUUCAUUGGAUCUCAGUCAAUUAUCUGCCGAAUCUCCGUCCUCAGGUACGCCUUCUGAGUAUACCUUGAAAUGGAGGGGCAGGUCCGCGAGUUUGGGUCCAGAGAGAUCGCCUUCGCUGGGGAGUUAUCCCAACUCAUCGGAAUGGGUUGCUGGGCUCUGUGAAGACCUUUCGAUAGACUUCGCGCAACCUCCCAAGAAGGAUUCGCCUCGUCGUUUCGAGGUUCUUCCAGGUUCUGAGUCUUUCAUCGGCAACUCUAGCUAUAACUCAGGUCCUACGCCGUCGGGGCACAUCUCAAGGCGAUUUGGUGGUAUCUCCAUGGUCAAUCACAUUUCACCAGCCGAACCCGAAUUCAAAGCCAAUCAACUCGAACUCGAAACCGAUAAAGAAAACAAAACUCGCGUACUCGAAGAAAUUGUAUCAUAA